AUGAAAGCACUCGUUUACAACGGUGUUGACAACGUCCUCAUCGAAGAGAAACCAAAGCCAAACAUAAAAACAUCAACAGACGCCAUUAUCAAGAUGGACUACACAACCAUAUGUGGUACUGAUUUACACAUCGUCAAAGGAGAUGUCCUCGACGUAAGGCCGGGCACAGUGCUUGGCCAUGAAGGUGUUGGGAGAGUCGUGGAAACUGGAUCGGGUAUCAGCAUGUUGAAUCUCGACGAUCGCGUGCUCAUCUCAUGCAUCUCAGCAUGCGGAAUCUGUGAAUACUGCCGAAAGGGGAUGUAUUCCCACUGUGUUACGGGUGGUUGGCUACUUGGACACACAAUUGACGGCACCCAGGCCGAGUACGUUCGCAUUCCCCAUGCUGAUACCUCACUGCACAAAAUCCCUACAGGAAUGAACCCCAAGACAGCUACCAUGCUUUCUGACAUUCUCCCCACCGGCCUGGAAUGUGGCGUCAUCAAUGGCAAGGUUCAACCUGGAAAUACCAUAGCUAUAAUUGGCGCUGGCCCAGUUGGAUUAUCAGCGCUGCUUAUGUCACAGCUGUACUCUCCAUCCUGGGUCUUGAUGAUUGAUUCAGAUCAAUAUCGCCUCAGGAUGGCUACGGAACUGGGUGCUCAACAUACCGCCGAGCCGGCAGAGGCUUCCGCUGUUGUCGAGAAGCUUACUACAGGGGUUGGCUGUGAUACCGUCAUUGAGGCAGUCGGUAACUCAGUAGCAUUUGAAAAGUGUCAGCGGCUCGUUGCGCCCGGAGGUAACAUCGCCAACGUUGGUGUGCAUGGAAAAGAGGCCACUCUCCAUUUGGAGGAUCUCUGGGCAUCUAACAUUUCGAUCACAACGGGCUUGGUGGACACAACCACAAUACCAAUGUUGUUAAAGUUAUGUGCGGCCGGUAGAUGGCCAAUAGAGAAAUUGAUAAGUCACUACUUCAAGUUCAGUGGUAUAUUACAGGCUUAUGAGACAUUUAAGGAAGCGUCUUCGAAUGAAGCAUUGAAAGUUCUGGUUGAGAUGGAGUAA